AUGUGGGAUUCUUUUAUUUCCAGAAGUCCGGCAACUUUGAGGUUGUCCGGCAUUGCGGUGGCCUUGUUGUUGCAGGGGGUGGUUGUUCUUUGUAAGUCUCCGGCGACUCUUAAGCUGGAGAGAGUUUUUCCACACGACAAUGAAAUGGAGUUGAGCGAACUCAGACAUAGAGAUAAUUUAAGACACGCUAGAAUCUUGCUGAGUGAAGAUAUUAUUGACUUCCCACUUCAAGGCACUUAUGAUCCUUAUCGUGUUGGGCUUUAUUUUACAAAAGUCCUUUUGGGUUCUCCUCCAAGGGAGUAUCAUGUACAAGUUGACACCGGAAGUGAUGUUUUGUGGGUCAGUUGCAAAGACUGCAAAGGUUGCCCUACAUCAAGUGGACUCCAUAUACCAAUUGAAUUUUAUGACCCUUCAAAAUCUGCAACAUCUACUUGGAUCUCCUGUUAUGAUGCAAGGUGUAAUGUGGGAAUCCAAUCUUCUUCUGCUGCUACUUGUUCCACUACAAACACCCACUGCAAUUACACAUUCAAAUAUGGAGAUGGUAGUGCAACAUCCGGUUAUUUUGUAUCUGAUAAAAUCGAAUUGGAAAUGUACUCUGAUGAGACAAGCCUAUUAUCACAUACUUCAUCCACAGUUUUGUUUGGUUGUAGCACAUCUCAAUCUGGAGAGCUGUCCAGUUCCGAAAGAGCGGUUGAUGGGAUCUUUGGGUUUGGUCAGCAAGGCUUAUCUAUUAUCUCACAACUUGCUUCAGAAGGGGAAGCUCCAAACUCUUUCUCACAUUGUCUUAUUGGUGGUGGUGAUGGAGGAGGUAUUUUAGUCUUUGGUCAGAUAAUUGAUCCAAAAAUGGUCUAUUCUCCACUUGUCCCAUCACAGCCACAUUACAAUCUAAACCUGCUGAGUAUUUCUGUGAACGGCCAUAUAUUGCCGAUUGAUCCUGCAGUUUUUGGAACAAAAAACAACCGAAAAGGAACCAUAAUUGAUUCUGGAACAACUCUUGCAUACCUAACAGAAGAGGCCUACAAACCUUUUGUCGAUGCUAUUACAAAGUCUGUUGCUCCAUCUGUCCAGCCUUUUGAUGCAAAGGGAUAUCAAUGUUUUAUAACUUCCACUAGACUCGCUGAGGCAUUUCCGCUUGUCCACUUGACUUUUGCCGGUGAUGCUACAAUGGUUUUAAAACCUCAAAACUACCUUUUGCCACAGAAAACUGUGGACGGUCAAUCGGCAUGGUGCAUCGGGUUUCAGAAGGUAGAUGCUGAAGGAAUGACGAUUUUAGGAGACCUUGUUUUGAAAGACAAGAGUGUGGUUUACGACAUAGGUGGUCAACGGAUCGGAUGGGCAGACCACGACUGUAAGUCCUCUUUUGAUUGUCAGCUUCUGACUCUGAGAAUAUGUGGAACCUCAAGUAGAACACCUGUUAAUGUGUCUUCUGCAACAAGGAUCCCACAUUAUGGUCCCUAUGGUACACUUUACAGGCUGACUACCAUCAUCGUCCUUGCUUCCAUGCUACAUUUAUGA